AUACGAGUAGUAUUAACAGUAGUAACUAGUACUUCAAUUAUUGUAAAUUUAUAAUUUUCUCCUGAAAUUGGAUUAAAGUAGUGAAGAUAAGUCAUAGAAAAAGUGAUAAUUGUGUUAUUAAAAAGGAAAAAUGGCUACUCUCGGAGGCUCCUCAUGGGAAGAGCUCCGUAAACAAGCUCGGACACUAGAAAAUGACAUAGACAUGAAACUGGUGGCGUUCAGCAAGCUGGGCAUCAGCCCGGUGACCUCAAGUCUCAGCUCCGAGUCGGUGCCGCUCAUAAACAGCGAGGACAUGUUUGACACCAUGUCUAUGGAGCUGCAACAAUUGUUGAAUAAGCUAUCAUCAAUAAACGACAAAAUGGGUGAAAUAGCCCCAAAUAGCACGGCGACAAUGCACACUAUAAAGAGGCAUAGGGAAAUCCUUAUGGACUACCAGCAAGAGUUUUCCAAAACCUCAGCGCGAGUGAGCGCGAGGCGAGAACGUGAAGAAUUACUGCGAGGCUCGAGUCCGCCUCCCGCCGCCGGCCUCAGCCGCCGCGACCAGUACACCAAGGAGGCCAACCAUCUGCACAGUUCUCACAUACUAGUUGACGAGCAGAUCAACAUAGCGAUGGAGGCGCGGGAGCACCUCACCUCGCAGCGGCAGACCUUCAAAAGGAUGCAGACCAGGUUCAACGACAUCACUAACAGGUUCCCAAUGCUGAACAGCCUAAUGUACCGGAUAAACGCACGGAAGCGGCGCGACUCCGUCAUAGUGGGCAUCGUGGUCGCAGUCUGCACAUUCUUGAUGCUUCUCUAUGCGUUCCACUGAUUCUACUGUUCACUAGAAAAGUGUUACACACACACAAACCGAAAGGGGCUACUUCAAUCCACUCUUCUACACCGUUUACUGGAAAAGUGUAUACACACAAACCGAAAGGGGCUGUAAUAACAUAUACUAAUCUAUGGGGCUACUUCAAUCCACUCUCUUCUACAACGUUCACUGGAAAAGUAUAUACACAUAAUCUAUCUUAUAUUAACAGAGACGUGCAUAUACACGUACACCCAUCUAGAGAAUAAUAAAUUUAAGGGUGCAUUAUGUUUGCUAUAAUUUUAAUUGAUGUUUGGUAUGAGUAGGUAACAUUUUAAUGUUAUUAUUAACCUUUUCGAUACCGUGUCAAACACAAAAGCUGUCACUCGGACGCCACGUUACCGAAGUGUCAAACUGAAAUUGAACUUUAUGCACAUGCACGUAGGUCUAUAAUCGGUCUUUGGCGUUGAACCUACGGUGCGUAUAUAUCGGUCAUUGGCGUCCAAAAGGUUAAAAAAAUAUAUCUAACCUAGUUUAUGUCUUAAGAAAGAGAUAUAUUGCCAAAUCCCCGCAAUAUAAAUCUAACGUUAAGAAUGAAUAUUUUUGGAGUUAUGAAAAAUUAGAAUUCCUUAAUUAACUACAGUCCAGUCCGCUUACGUUGUGACAUGAUUUUUUUGGGUGUCCCAUAGAAAUCAGAUCAGCCGGAAUGUAUGAAACAGCCAAAACAUUUUUGGCGAAUUCGGCAUUGGUCCCAUAAUAAAAGUUGUUCAAUGACCUUUAAAUUCACUACGCAGAGAAUGGCUGGUGAAAAAAUUUCACCUGUAUAAGGUCAAUAGUGUGGCUGGCCUUCACAUUACUAAACGCAAAUAGCAAAUGUUCAUGAACUCGCAAUAAACACUCACAAUGUGUAAACAGGCCCCAAUGUAACGGCCAGCCAGACUUACCCGUGUUGAUCUUAUUUAAUAUGAUUGCACCUUAUGCACCUGCUGGACUGCUCCGCGUGCCCGCACUCCUGCUCUGAAUCCGACCUGAGAGAUGCCACGGUCCGGGCUGUCAGCACCGCUGCUUUCUGGGCAUCCACUGUUUAGGGGAACCUCGACACGAGAGAAGAAGAAGAAGAAGAAGAAUAUGAUUAACGUAUUUUUUACGAAAGUAUGACAUUGGUGGCGCUGUACACAUGUCGCUGAAGGAUUGAUUUAGACGCGACUCUAGUUAAAUAAUUAACUCGAGUCUUUUACCUCUUCAUUUGAAUUAAAUUUUCUGUGAUAUUUUCAAGGCUCUAAGACAAUUUUAGCUCAUUGUAAAGCGCGCUCCAGACUACACCACGCGCGAAGCCGCGAACGCGAGUGUGGAAUCUAGUUGGCUAAUCAGCGAAAUCGGCACCACACUCGCGUUCGCGGCUUCGCGCACGAGUGUGGAGAGGCUUUAAAAGUGUAAUUCGGAGGAACUCUUACCAUAGAAAUUAUCUAUCAAAUUGUUAUAAUAGUUUAUUGAUCAGUUAUAUUAUAUGGUCUACGUGUAGUAAUAAAAUAAUUCAAUGUAUUACCUACAUGUUUAAGCAUUUUUUCUUACCGUAAUUUACGAAAUUCGGAAAUUGACUAUCUUUGUACAUUGCGUUGUCACCAUUGGGUGGGUAAUUUUUAGUUUAUUUUAUUAGGGGGCACAGCUAAAAAAGGUGCGAUUUAGUAAUUAAUUAUUGCACGUAUUUUUAUUUUAUUUUUAGCUUUAAUUUUACUGCCUCCGGAUUUUAGUUAAUAUGUAUGGACGUGAAAAAAAAAUCUUUUUUUUGAGUACCUUUUUUUUUAAUUUAUUGGCUCUGAUUAACCUUUACCAUGCUAUUUCGAGCCAAUAAUGGUAUAUCUUUUUAGCUACUUUGAAUAAAGAGACAAUACAUACAUAUUCUCCGCAGACGAUACAAAAUGUAAGUAACAAUAUUUAUAUGAAAACUUUUAAAUGGAUCCGGAGGCAGAAAUUGAUCUCCGAUUACAAAAUAAUUUGAAAUACUGUUUAUUGGAAUUAUUUCGCAACUUUUUAUAACUGUCUCCGAAGGAUAAUUAAUACUUUUUUUUUCUCCAUAAUCAAGUGACCAACCCUAAUUGUACAUACCUACUACAUGCAUUUUACCACUAAAAGUGGAAAAAACUAGGUGUAAUAUUUUGAAGAGAUAUUGUAAAAACAAUCAAUGAUUAUAGUGGGAUAACAGAAUUAGGUAAAAUGUUAUUGUAAAUAUUUAUAAUGUCUAUGUAAACUUAAUAAUCACAGUACCAAAAUAAAAAUACAUUAUUUA